AUCUCUAUUUCCGAUGAGAACUCCAUUGUCGUCAUAUUCAGAUAACCUUCUCACCUCAAGUCACCUUCUGAUCUUGGAGCAUUCUUCACUGCUCGCUCAGUUUACGAGUCUUCUUCUCUCUUAAUUUUUUUUUACGGAGGGGGCGACCACGGCUUUUUCCGUCCAACCAUUAAGACAAAUUCGACUCUAUUGGCUGCCGGGGAGGGGCGACCGCCCCCUCCUGCGCCCUGGAUCCGCCACUGGUUCUGGCGGCAGAUUCGCAGCAUCUGCGUGCUUCAUCUGCUGAGCAACAAAAGGGUUCAAUCUUAUCGCGGCGUGAGGGAGGAAGAGACUUCCCUCAUGGUUGACAACAUCAGGAAAUUGGGUGCUUCUUCAAAGCCUGUGAACUUGAGCGACCUCAUGACGUCUCUGACGAAUGAUGUGAUUUGUAGGGUGGCGUUGGGGAAGAAGUAUGGCGUUGGGAGUGAUUUCAAGGAGUGGCUUACGGAGAUAGCGGCGCUGGUCGGGGUUGUACCUUUGUGGGAGUACAUUCCAUGGCUGAGUUGGACUAGAAGGUUUAAUGGUGUGGAUGAGAGGGUUGUGAGAGUGGUUAAGAAGAUUAAUAAGUUUUUUGAGGUUGUGAUUGAAGAACAUAGGGUUAGGGAGAGGAGAGAGGGAGAUGGUGGUGUGUUGGAUUUUGUGGACAUAUUGCUUGAUUUUCAGAGAGAGAAUGCAAGUCGCUCACCUAUUGAAGAUGACACUAUCAAAGCUAUAAUCAUGGAUAUGUUUGGUGCUGGAACUAGUACAACACUUAAAGCUAUUGAGUGGACAAUGGCAGAGCUGAUAAGAAACCCGAAAACCAUGAAAAGAUUGCAAAAUGAAGUGAGAGAAGUAGCCGGAAGCAAGGACGAAAUCAGCGAGCAAGACUUGGAGAAAAUGCCUUAUCUGAAAGCAGUGAUGAAAGAGAGUCUAAGGCUGCAUACACCGGUCCCAUUGCUAGUCCCUCGUGAAUCAACUCAAGACACAAAUGUAUUAGGUUACGACAUCGCAUCUGGUACACGUGUGAUCAUCAAUGCUUGGGCGAUUUCUAGGGACCCGUCACUGUGGGAAAAUCCAGAAGAAUUUCGUCCGGAUAGGUUUCUUGAUACGAGCAUAAACUUUAGAGGUGUGCAUUUUGAGUUUACUCCGUUUGGGGCAGGCCGGAGGGGCUGCCCUGGUGUUACGUUUGCGGUAGCUGUGGACGAGCUAGCGUUAGCCAAGUUGGUGCACAAAUUCGAUUUUGGAUUACCUAAUGGAGUAAACAUGAAGGAGUUAGAUAUGAGUGAAUCUCGAGGAAUGGCAACCCAUAAAAAGUGUCCUUUGCUUGUUGUAGCUACUACACAUGAUUGUUAGGCCAUUCUAGUGUUUAAAAAAUAAGACAGGAGUUCAACUACGAAUCAACAUUCGAUCCAAUUUGAACAUAAAAUCCAGCUUAAUGCAUUUAUGUAGUAUUUUUGAAUUAAUGUGUUGCUUUGUGUUCAAUAUUAUUGUAAUUUUGUGUUUAAACAUUUUGACUCACUUUUAUUUUAACAAUGAAGGCUAACUUCAACAGGUCUAUUUA